UUGCGUUCCCGUUCAAGAAUCUAUUCUGCUUAGGCCUUUAUAUAUAGUUUCGUGCGCCAGUUAGUUGACAACACGUCAAAAAUGGCAGAUUCAGGUUUGAGCAGAAGUGAUAUUGAAGAAGUUUUUAAAAGAUUACGUUCAAUUCCAACGAAUAAGACAUGUUUCGAUUGCAAUGCAAAAAAUCCAGUGUGGUCCAGCGUCACAUAUGGAGUUUUUCUUUGCAUCGAUUGUUCAGCUGUUCACAGAAAUUUAGGAGUUCACUUGACAUUUGUGCGCUCAACUCAACUUGACACAAAUUGGACAUGGCUUCAACUAAGAAACAUGCAACUAGGUGGAAAUGCAAACGCUAGAAAAUUUUUUGCUCAACACAAUUGUAUGAGUAAUGAUGCACAACAAAAAUACACAUCAAGAACGGCACUUCUUUAUAAGGAAAAAUUAUCUCAAGCUUCAUCAAAAGCAAUGCGUCUUUAUGGAACAAAGGUGUUUGUUCCUCCACUUUCAUAUAAGUCGUUACAUUUAGAGAAUCCAGCACAACCAGAAGUAGAAGAAUCAAAUGAGAUAGAUUUUUUUAAAGAACAUGAGAAUUUAGAAAGUAACAACGAAUUCACAGUGCCUAAAGUGGAAAAGCCGCUAAUCACGCUAAACACUAUUACUAGCGAAUCAACACCAAAAAUAUCAACAAAAACAGAAUUAAUUGAUAAUACUUUAGGUCCGUCCGUUAAAUUAUCAGAUACCGGUGCUUUAACCACUGAAAGGAAAUCAACAAUUGGAACCAGAAAAGUUCAACCAAAAAAAACUGGGUUGGGCAAGAAAAGUGGUUUUGGCGCUCAACGUGUGAAAACAAAUUUCGAUGAAUUGGAAAAAAGUAUGCUCGAAGCAUCACGAGAAAUUGUGAAAAAAGAAACUGAAGAAAAAUCUAAAGAGGAACAGGAAGAAAUUGCAACACGUUUGGCUUAUCAAUAUGAACAAAAUUUAAGUAUACAAGCAAAAAAAGUUGAGGAAACAAUAAAACAAUUAAGUCCAUCUAAAGCCGGACAGGCCGAGAGACUUGGCAUGGGAUUCAAUAAUCGCAGAGGUGCAAGUCAUUCGGCUUUUGGCGAUAUGAGUACAAUUGCCCAAGAGUCAUCAUCGAAAGUUUUCACUGCCUCAGAGCCAAAAAGAGAAUUACGAUCACUCGAUGAAACACUUGCGACACUUGCUUCAUUCAAAGAUAUUGAUGAUUUUGCAUUUGAACACAUUUUCAAACCGCCUUCAUUAAAUGCACGUUCACAAAAUGAUGAGGUCACUAUUAUUGCUGAACCUGAACCGCCCAAGAGAAUGACGCCACGUCAUAAUUCUCAAAAGGAGAAUAAAGUCACUGCUGAGGGUGAUGCUCAAAAGAAAUUUGGCUGCGCCAAAGCAAUAAGUAGCGAUCAAUAUUUUCGCGACAGUAUUGGAGAUGAUAAUUGGGAGAGAAAAAAUAAUUUACGCCGUUUCGAAGGAUCGUCAAGUAUUUCAUCGGCAGAUUAUUUUGGCACUGGUCAAUCGAAUCCCACAUCGCCCACAUCGUCAUCAUCAUCAUUGUCAAUGAAUUUUGAAGGUCGCGUUGAUCUUGAAGAUGUACGCGAAAGUGUACGACAAGGUGUAAAUAAAGUAGCGGGUAAAUUAAGCUCUCUCGCUAAUGCAGCAGUUUCUUCAAUUCAGGACCGUUAUGGACUCUAAACAUAUUUAAAAAUAAAAAUAAAAUAAAAUUGUCAUAAAAUAUUGUUAAUUAAAAAAAAAAAAAAAAAAUUUCUUAUACGUGUUAUUCUAUUGAACUGUAAAUAAAAGCUUCCGAGAGGAAAACAAAAAUCUCUCAACUGUUUUUAGGGUUAUAAUAAAUAAAGAGUUCUGUAAAAUUGUAAA